AUAUUCGUUCACGGUUCAUUUUGUUUCAUUCAUUUGUGUAUGUGGCAGCUGUGGGUGCAUUUAAUCGUAGUUUUUCUCUACAAAUUAAAUUGAAACAAUCACCUUAUUUUUCUUAAUGUAGAAGUAAAAUUAAAUAAGACCGCGAUAUUUGAAGAUCGCUCGAUAGCUUCCUUUGUGUAGUUAAAAUAAAAGGAAUUAGCAACCAUGGCUCAACCACUACCUAUACGUUUUCAAGAGCAUUUACAGCUCACAAAUAUCGGAAUAAAUCCAGCGUCUAUCUCCUUCAACACCCUAACAAUGGAGUCGGACAAGUUCAUCUGCGUCCGUGAGAAAGUUGGUGACACCUCGGAAGUGGUCAUCAUAGACAUUGGCGACCCCACAAACCCCAUCAGGAGGCCGAUUAGUGCCGACUCAGCUAUCAUGAACCCAGCCAGCAAGGUUAUUGCACUCAAGGGAAAAGCUGGGGUGGAAGCAGCUCAAAAGACCCUCCAAAUAUUCAAUAUCGAGAUGAAAUCUAAGAUGAAGGCGCACACCAUGACAGAGGAUGUUGUGUUUUGGAAGUGGAUCUCUCCGAACACGCUCGCCCUCGUGACUAAGAUGUCUGUCUACCAUUGGUCUAUGGAAGGGGACUCGACGCCCGUGAAGAUGUUCGAUCGGCAUUCAUCGCUUGCUGAAUGCCAGAUCAUCAAUUACAGGACUGACCCGAAGCAGCAGUGGUUACUGUUAGUUGGCAUCUCGGCGCAACAGAACCGCGUGGUGGGCGCGAUGCAGCUGUACUCCGUGGAGCGCAAGUGCUCGCAGCCGAUCGAGGGGCACGCCGCCUCGUUCGCCACCUUCAAGGCGGAGGGCAACGCGGAGCCGUCCACGCUAUUCUGCUUCGCCGUACGUACGGCACAAGGGGGAAAGUUGCAUAUCAUCGAGGUGGGACAGACUCCGGCCGGCAACCAACCUUUCCCGAAGAAAGCGGUUGAUGUGUUCUUCCCCGCUGAAGCGCAGAAUGACUUCCCCGUAGCGAUGCAAGUGUCGCCCAAAUACGAUGUUAUCUACCUGAUUACGAAGUACGGUUAUAUUCACAUGUACGACAUUGAGACCGGGACAUGCAUUUACAUGAACCGCAUCUCAUCUGACACCAUAUUCGUGACUGCUCCUCAUGAAGCCACUGGGGGAAUUAUUGGUGUAAACCGCAAGGGACAAGUUCUAUCUGUAACCGUGGAAGAAGACUCCAUUGUCCCAUACAUCAACAAUGGACUGCAGAAUCCCGAGCUGGCCCUUCGUAUGGCCGUGAGGAACAAUCUGGCUGGUGCUGAGGAACUGUUUGUUAGGAAGUUCAACAUGCUUUUCACCAAUGGACAGUACGGGGAAGCUGCUAAGGUAGCAGCUAUGGCGCCCCGCGGCAUCCUGCGCACGCCGCAGACGAUCCAGCGCUUCCAGCAGGUGCCCACUCAGCCCGGCCAGACAUCUCCGCUGUUGCAGUACUUUGGUAUCCUGCUGGAUCAAGCGCAGCUGAACAAGUUCGAGUCACUCGAACUCUGCCGUCCCGUACUGUUGCAAGGUCGCAAACAGCUUCUUGAGAAGUGGUUGAAGGAAGAGAAGCUGGAAUGUUCGGAAGAGCUCGGAGAUCUGGUGAAGCAGGUGGACCCCACGCUGGCCUUGUCGGUGUAUCUUCGUGCUAACGUAGCUAGUAAAGUGAUCCAGUGCUUUGCUGAGACUGGUCAAUUCCAGAAAAUUGUUCUUUAUGCAAAGAAGGUUGGCUACACACCCGACUAUAUCUACCUACUUCGCUCCGUAAUGCGCACCAGCCCCGAGCAAGGUGCUGGCUUCGCCGGUAUGCUGGUGGCUGAAGAGCCUCCUCUAGCAGAUAUUAACCAGAUUGUGGAUGUGUUCAUGGAACAGAACAUGGUGCAGCAAUGCACCGCUUUCCUGUUAGAUGCGUUGAAGAACAACCGUCCUGAAGAGGGACCAUUACAAACUCGCCUGCUGGAAAUGAACCUGAUGUCGGCGCCGCAAGUGGCGGACGCGAUCCUCGGCAACGGCAUGUUCACGCACUACGACCGCGCGCACGUGGCGCAGCUCUGCGAGAAGGCGGGCCUGCUGCAGCGCGCCCUGGAGCACUACACCGACCUGUACGACAUCAAGCGAGCCGUGGUCCACACGCACUUGCUGUCUGCUGACUGGCUGGUGAACUAUUUUGGAACUCUGUCCGUGGAGGAUUCGCUCGAAUGCCUCAAGGCCAUGCUCCAAGCGAACAUUCGCCAAAACUUGCAGAUCUGUGUACAGAUUGCCACCAAGUAUCAUGAGCAGCUGACGACGAAAGCUCUGAUUGAACUGUUCGAAAGUUUCAAGACAUAUGAGGGAUUGUUCUACUUCCUCGGAUCUAUUGUCAACUUCAGUCAGGAUUCGGAAGUUCAUUUCAAGUAUAUACAGGCGGCAUGCAAGACCGGUCAGAUCAAAGAAGUGGAGCGCAUAUGCCGCGAGUCGAACUGCUACAACGCCGAGCGUGUCAAGAACUUCCUCAAGGAGGCCAAGCUGCCCGACCAACUGCCGCUCAUCAUAGUCUGCGACAGAUUCGACUUUGUGCACGACCUCGUACUCUAUCUGUACAGGAACAGCUUGCAGAAGUACAUUGAGAUAUAUGUGCAGAAGGUGAACCCAUCUCGUCUGCCAGUGGUUGUUGGUGGGCUUUUGGACGUGGAUUGUGCUGAAGAUAUCAUCAAGAACUUGAUCCUGGUGGUGCGCGGUCAGUUCUCUACCGACGAACUUGUUGCGGAAGUUGAGAAAAGAAAUAGAUUGAAGCUCCUCCUGCCCUGGUUGGAGACGCGUGUGCACGAGGGCUGCACCGAGCCGGCCACACAUAACGCGCUCGCCAAGAUCUAUAUCGACUCGAACAAUAAUCCGGAGAGAUUCCUCAAGGAGAAUCAAUGGUACGACUCGCGCGUGGUGGGGCGCUACUGCGAGAAGCGCGACCCGCACCUGGCGUGCGUGGCGUACGAGCGCGGGCAGUGCGACCGCGAGCUGAUCGCGGUGUGCAACGACAACUCGCUGUUCAAGACGCAGGCGCGCUACCUCGUGCGCCGCCGCGACCAGGAGCUCUGGCUCGAGGUGCUCGCCGAGUCGAACCCCUUCAAGCGGCAGCUCAUCGACCAGGUGGUUCAGACCGCUCUAUCGGAGACCCAAGACCCAGAAGAUAUCUCAGUGACAGUGAAGGCUUUCAUGACGGCCGACCUGCCAAAUGAACUCAUCGAACUGCUGGAAAAGAUUGUGCUUGACAACUCUGUGUUCUCUGACCACAGGAAUCUGCAAAACUUGCUUAUCCUUACUGCUAUAAAGGCCGAUCGUUCCCGCGUCAUGGAGUACAUCAACCGUCUGGACAACUACGACGCACCUGACAUCGCUAACAUUGCCAUCAACAAUGAGCUGUAUGAAGAAGCUUUCGCCAUCUUCAAGAAGUUCGAUGUUAAUACAUCUGCUAUCCAAGUACUGAUCGAGCAAGUGAAAGACUUGAAGCGAGCGUACGAGUUCGCCGAGCGUUGCAACGAGCCCGGCGUGUGGUCGCAAUUGGCCAAGGCGCAGCUGCAACAGGGCCUGGUCAAGGAGGCCAUCGACUCAUACAUCAAGGCUGAUGACCCGUCUGCCUAUAUGGAUGUGGUGGCUACGGCCAGCGCUCAGCAGUCGUGGGAAGAUCUUGUGCGGUAUUUACAGAUGGCGCGCAAGAAGGCGCGCGAAUCGUACAUCGAGUCGGAGCUGAUAUACGCGUACGCGCGCACCGGCCGGCUCGCCGACCUCGAGGAGUUCAUCUCGGGCCCGAACCACGCGGACAUACAGAAGAUCGGCGACAGGUGCUUCGACGACAAGAUGUACAACGCGGCCAAGUUGUUGUACAAUAAUGUCAGCAACUUUGCGCGCCUCGCCAUUACGCUGGUGCACUUGACGGAGUUCCAAGGUGCGGUGGACAGCGCGCGCAAGGCGAACUCGACGCGCACGUGGAAGGAGGUGUGCUUCGCGUGCGUGGACGCGGGCGAGUUCCGGCUCGCGCAGAUGUGCGGCCUGCACAUCGUCGUGCACGCGGACGAGCUCGAGGACCUGAUUAAUUACUAUCAGGAUCGAGGCCAUUUCGAUGAGCUGAUCAGUCUCCUGGAAGCAGCCCUUGGCCUGGAGCGAGCGCACAUGGGCAUGUUCACGGAACUGGCCAUCCUCUACUCGAAGUACAAGCCAGCCAAGAUGAGGGAGCAUCUGGAGCUGUUCUGGUCCAGAGUUAACAUUCCCAAGGUGCUCCGCGCGGCCGAACACGCGCACCUGUGGUCGGAGCUGGUGUUCUUGUACGACAAGUACGAGGAGUACGACAACGCGGCGCUCACCAUGAUGCAGCAUCCCACGGAGGCGUGGCGGGAGGGACACUUCAAGGAUAUCAUCACUAAAGUGGCAAACAUGGAACUAUACUAUAAGGCGAUCCAAUUCUACCUGGACUACAAGCCGCUCCUCCUCAAUGACCUAUUGCUGGUCCUCGCUCCACGAAUGGACCACACACGGGCGGUCAACUUCUUCACCAAAGCGGGUCACUUGCAACUCGUCAAGGCUUACCUCAGAUCUGUGCAGAGCUUAAACAAUAAAGCGGUGAAUGAAGCUCUCAAUUCGUUGCUCAUUGAUGAGGAGGAUUAUCAGGGAUUACGCACAUCGAUUGAUGCAUUCGACAACUUCGAUACAAUAGCGUUGGCGCAGCAAUUGGAAAAGCACGAGCUCACCGAAUUCAGACGAAUUGCAGCCUACUUAUACAAAGGCAACAACAGGUGGAAGCAGAGCGUGGAGCUGUGCAAGAAGGACGCGCUGUACGCGGACGCGAUGGAGUACGCGUCCGAGUCGCGCCAGCCGGAGGUCGCCGAGGAGCUGCUUGACUGGUUCCUCGAGAGGAAGAACUACGAGUGCUUCUCCGCUUGCCUCUACCAAUGCUAUGACCUUCUGAAACCUGAUGUUGUCAUUGAGCUGGCAUGGAGGCACAACAUUAUGGACUUUGCAAUGCCCUUCCUUAUUCAGACUGUACGCGAAUUAACGACAAAAGUGGAGAAACUAGAGGAAGCUGACGCGAAACGCAGCACGGAGAGCGCUGAACACGAAGCCAAGCCAGCCAUGAUCAUGGAACCACAGCUUAUGCUUACUGCCGGUCCAUCGAUGGCGUACCCGGGCGUAGCGGCGCAGGCGUCGCCGUACGCGUACGCGGCGCAAGCGCCCUCGCCCGCGCCCUACCACGGCUACGGCAUGUAGGGCUCGCCCGCCCCCGCCUGGGGGAACUACGCGCGCUUCUAAUGGAGCCCGAACCGCGCUCAACAGGCGAUAUAGCUGCUAUGCCGGCAACCAGCUGUCGGAUAUAAACACGUGUUUUGAAGUGAUAAAUAGAGUGCAGUGCAUCCACCAAUAAGUUUGAUGUCACACAUUUUAUCGGUCAAGUCUACUCAUGAUUGGUUUAGCAUACAAGUUUUUGAUUAGUGAGGUGACUGAAGUGCUAAUGUUUCGUUCAGUGAUUGAACUUUAAUUUGAUGCUUAAUUCUUUUCAAAUAAUGGUAUAUAAGUCAUACAAUUUAAUUGCAAUGGAACACGUGUAAUGGUUCAGGACAUAUAUCGCCUGUUAAGACAAAUGUUGCUUGCGUCAUUUGUCAUGGACUGGUCUGGGACUGUAUGUCCCUUGCUUGCAAAAUGUUAAAUGCAGAUAUGCAAGUGUUUUUGUUGACUGUAGAGCUGAUAAGAGAAGUUUCGUAAAUAUUCUAAUAACUUAAUCAAAGCCAAUUUCUAUUUUUACUGUGUCUUAUAUCAGGGUUGUCAGAUUAUCCAGAUUUUACAUAAAUUUAAAAUUGUGGCUAUUAGUUAAUUGGACAAAUUCAUUAAAUUUAUUUAUUGCAUACAUAUGUUUAUUUAAGUGGUUAACAAUGAUCCAUAUGAAAGAUAAAACCAAUAUAUAUAAAUUAUAAUUAAAAUCUGGCAACCCUGUACAAACCAAUAUUGCGAUAAAUGAUUAGUCAGAAUAGAUAGGUAUACUAUGCCUAGGGCUUUGUCUAUAUACUGUAUCAUGUUGCUGUUAAAAUUAGACAAAUUUCAUUAUAACUGUCUGUAAAAUAUGUUAUCCAUACAUUUUCGAUUAUAUAAUUGAAUCUUGGGUACAUUGUUUCAUACACAGAUGGCCUAAAUUACUGCAACUUAACAAUUAUUGUCGAAAAUGUAUUGAAGUUAUGUUAGAUUUUUGGACUGAUUCUAUUAAACAUCGGUCUGUACAAAGUUCUUAUGUAUUUCUGUAGUGACAUAAACAUAAGAAAUAAUAAAUUAUUAGCGUUGAAGAGAUUCUACUUUUGAUUCACCACAUUCGGUACACUCAGUAUUUUGAUUAUAUAUCAUUUUGUUUUUAGAAUCUUGACUUCGCAAACCUAUGUAUGUGCACUAUAGCUUUUGAGCAAUAAAAAAAUAUGCGUCAUCAAUUUAACAUAUUUUUUCAUUUCAUUAUAAACAUAAAUAAAGUUCUCGCAAUUAAUGUUUUCCGUAGGAAUAAUAUAAUAACUAAGGUGCAUAUAUAUUUAUAUACAAAGAUAAAAGUAUAUUACAGCUGUACUAACUCUUAUAUUGUUGUCCGUAAAUGUAAUUACAUAUUAAUGAUAAAAAUUAAUAUGCUAACCUUUAAUUUCGUAGAACUAGCAAAUAUUAGAGGAGCAAAGAACUAUAUUUAAAACUAGAGAUGAGAAAUUGACAGGCCUCAAAUAGCAGUUUAGUGCAAUAAUUGGAUCGAGUGUUAAGCUUCAAUGUUUAAAAUAACAUUUAUUGUUCAUCAAUACUUAUGUACAAAAGAUUUAAAAUUUGUUUCAAAAGUUGAAUUUAUUGUUAUAUGUAUAUAAUGCUUACAAAUUAGUCGAUGCGCAUAUUUAUGAAAUUAAUACGAAAUUUAUCACAUGGGAUUAAAUAUGAAAGUAUGAUGGUAAAAUAUUUAGAUAUGAAUAGUUAUAGAGUAGGCGGAGUUAGUGGUAUGUCGUUAGAAUUUGAUUUAAUUAUUGAUUACGUUUGCGUUUGUGUGCGAGUAUUGUUUUUGGCACGCGUUUAUUGCGUUGCGCGUUGUAUCACACCUGUAAUGCCUUCACUAGUUAUUGUAAGACCUAUUCAUCCAGUGGUGUAACUGGGAUCAAAUAUUAUUUACAAGUGUAUUUUUAUUGCUUGAACAAAAAAUACACAAUUCAUAUAACUCACAAUUAUAACAUUAUAAUGUGAUUUAUAUGUUUCUAAUUUCAUAAUUCAAAUCAUUCCUAUCAUUUUUGUGUAUUGAGCAAUCUGUAAUAAUAAUAAUUUUUAUUAUUUGUAAUAGCGAAUCAUAUUAACUUAAUGCAAAAGAAAUUUGUAGUUUUAACCUUAGUAUUGUAUUUAUUCGUGUAUAAUACUGUUUCCCUGAAUUUUAUUAUAGUAAGAAUAUAUUAUAUUAAAAUAAACGA